AUGGUUAUAGCUCGCUUCUGGGAUGCAGAUAUCACCACGGACUUUGUAGUUCCCAUGAAUUAUAGUGCUAACAAAGCUGUUGAUAGAAAUUUUUACUUCGACCUGUGCAACAUGGGUAACUCCGACUACACACAAACCUUCUCAACGACUGAAGCCAGCACGACAAACUUUCCAGCUUUGGAUGGUCAAAGUGUCUCUUAUGCUUUUUUACAAUUUCCAGCAGGAGCUAUUAACCCACCUCACACACACCCGCGUUCAGCUAAGCUACUAUUGGUAUUAAAAGGAUGGCUGAAUGUUGGAUUUAUUGACACCAAUAACAAAAUUUAUAAACAAACUCUCACAGCUGGAGACAUGUUUGUGUUUCCAAAAGGAUUGGUGCACUAUCAAUCUAAUGAUGAUCCAAAACAACCUUCUACCGCUAUUUCUGCUUUUGGAAGUGCUAAUGCAGGCACGGUUUCAGUUCUUCUUAAUCUGUUUACUAGUGGCAUUGAUGAUAACAUUCUUGCUAGGGUGUCCAAAAUUGAUGUUGCAAACAUCCUAAAGCUCAAGAUAGGCCUUACACCCAAGGCCUAA